AUUUGAAGUAAACGUCAAUUAAACAUAAAACUUCCAUUUAUAUUUUCAUUCAAAGCAAAAUUUCAGUUAAAUCAUGGAUUACGAAAAAUUAAGGUACUCAUGGAGAAAUCCGCUGGUACCAACGUUCAUGCAACCAACUCCCCGUAAUCCAUUUUCACUCAAGUUUCACAUGUCCUACCCCGAAGUGGUUCCGAUAGUGAUCAUUUGCAUCCUCGACAUGUCCUGGAUGGUCUUCAGCAGCAUUUACGCCUUCAAAAGAACCGAAGUUUUGAUGUUUAAUUGUCAACAAAAAGAGGAGGAGAUGUACGAUCUCUUGAUCCAUCCGUACAACAGGAAAUUUUACACGGAGAGUCAAACGUUUUGCCCCCAACAGAGUCUGUACGACACCUACAUGGAAAUGAUGCAAGCUCAGGAGAAGAGGGACCAAGAUUGUCCCAAGACGAAAAAAGCGCAGUGUAACCCCUUUGACGCACCAGAAGGUGACGAAAAGUAAACUCAU